UUCAGGUCCCAGGGCUCAGUCCCUCAUGCGCCUGGUUCUUCCGGCCAGCGCAGGUCUCCGCCAGCUGAGCAGCCCACGGUACAAGUUCAACUUCAUCGCUGACGUGGUGGAGAAGAUUGCGCCUGCCGUGGUCCACAUUGAGCUCUUCCUGAGACACCCCCUGUUUGGCCGCAACGUGCCCCGGACCAGCGGCUCUGGCUUCAUCGUGUCGGAGGCUGGCCUAAUCGUCACGAACGCCCACGUGGUAUCCAGCACCAAUGCCGUCGCGGGCCGGCAGCAGCUCAAGGUGCAGCUGCAGAGCGGAGACUCCUACGAGGCCACCAUCCAGGACAUCGACAAGAAGGCCGACAUUGCCACCAUCAGGAUCCAGCCCAAGAAAAAGCUGCCCGUGCUGCUGCUGGGCAACUCGGCGGACCUGCGGCCCGGGGAGUUCGUGGUGGCUAUCGGCAGCCCUUUUGCCCUGCAGAACACGGUGACCACAGGCAUCGUCAGCAGCGCCCAGCGGGAUGGGCGGGAGCUGGGCCUGCGGGACUCGGACAUGGACUACAUCCAGACGGAUGCCAUCAUCAAUUAUGGGAACUCCGGGGGACCCCUGGUGAAUCUGGACGGCGAGGUCAUCGGCAUCAACACCCUCAAGGUCACCGCCGGCAUCUCCUUCGCCAUCCCCUCAGACCGCAUCACGCGCUUCCUGUCUGAGUUCCAGGAUAAGCACAGCAAAGACUGGAAGAAGCGCUUCAUCGGCAUCCGCAUGCGGACCAUCACGCCCAGCUUAGUGGAAGAGCUGAAGGCCAGCAACCCGGACUUCCCGGCAGUCGGCAGUGGCAUUUACGUGCAGGAGGUCUUUCCCAACUCGCCUUCACAAAGAGGCGGCAUCCAAGAUGGCGACAUCAUCGUCAAGGUCAACGGGCGCCCCCUGGUGGACUCCAGUGAGCUGCAGGAGGCGGUCUUGACCGAGUCCCCACUGCUGCUGGAGGUGCGGAGGGGCAAUGACGACCUCCUUUUCAGCAUAGCGCCCGAAGUGGUCCUGUGAGGCCCUUCCCCGUCCAGUGCCGGGCACCAGAGCCAGAGCCGAAGACAGCAGGCAGAGGGCCACCGCCCCGGGAUCAGGACGAAGGGCCCUGUGGUCCUCAGCAGGCCAGCAGCCCCCACCCCAUGUCCAGGAGCGCAGCUGGAGGCAGCUCGGAACCUCGGCCUUGGUCCUGAAGCCCAGCCCAGUGACGGAAGCUGCCGACCCAAGCACAGGUGUUCCUGGCAUCACCCCUGGGUUCUCCGGACCCGGAAAGGCUCCUGCCACUCCUACAGCCCACCUCGCGCCUCUCCUUCGGAUCCUGGCUCCCCAUGAGCAUCAUUGCCUUGAGGCCACCUGGUGUCUCCCUGCUGCAACAAGGGCAGGGAGCCGCCACAGCGUGUGACAGGGGCUGCCGCCCUCCAGCGGGUCCCCAGGCAGGUGCACAGCUGGCCCUGGAGGAGCUGGACCUGACGCCUGCUCAGGUGCCCAGUGAGCCUCCCACUGCCAAGCCAUGCCCCACACUGGCCUUAGGACACAGCCUCCUGGGGGACAGGAAGUGACAGGUGCACAGCCUGGCGGCCUGGAGGCGCCAUCCUCCAAGGUGACCAGGGUAGAGGGACAGGUGCUGGCAUGACCGGUGCAAGGACUGAGCUGGCUCUACCUCCCCACACGGCCCGGGGUACAGCAGACAGCCACCCGAAGCCAGCGGGCUCCCUGGGGCCCUGGCGUGGGACUUCAGGUACACACGUGAGCUUCGAGGCCCUGACCUACCAGGCUGCACUGUAUGUUCUCUACUGUACGGAAUUAAAGUUUACAAGUGCAUGGUGCUUGGCUUCUGGGCGGCCCGUGCCCCACUGGGUUAUUCCCAGGGCCCCCAUCUGGCAUAUUGUGGGGGACACUAGCUGAGACAUGGCUGUGCCUCUGUGUUUCCAUGACAGCGGCGCAUCUGUGCACACGCCGGUCCCCAGGGCCACCCGGUGCUGCAGAUUUGACUUCGAGUCAGGCACUAAAGUCUCAGCUCUUGGCUCACUUCUUGCUCUGGGGCCUUGGGCCAGUGGUGCCCCUCAUCCUCCUGCAGCUGUCCCUGUACUGGUGCUGCAGCCCCUGGCUACUUUAAGACCUCAGGCCUGAGGGCUCACCCUCCACCCCUCACUGUAGCCCACCCCACAGUGGGGAAACUGAGGCAGGGAGAUUAAAACAGGCUGUCCAAGGACACAGCCCAGGAGGCUGGAAGCGGGACAUCAGGGCAUUCUGCUUACCCCCUGCGUGACUGGGCAUUCGGACCCA